AUGACUUUGAACUCUCCACUGGGAUGUGUGGAGGUAAUGAGUAUGUGUAAAUUGUGUGAAAUCACGAUUGGUGGUGAGCGAUUGAGAGCAGAUUUAAUUAUCCUUUCGAUGAGCCUGUUUGACGUGGUACUCGGAAUGGAUUGGCUGUUAAGGUACGGUGCGAUUGUUGAUUGCUACCGUAGUAAAGUAACUUUGGUGACGAAUUUCAGAACAGUGAUUUCUUAUCAGGCGGAUAUGAACCCAGUCCUGAGGGAACGAUUGUUGAAGUACAGCGUGGGGGGACGGAGGAACUUGGCAUGUUUUUCCUCCCUUCUUGCUUUGGAAGGUGAACCUGAGGUAAUUGGAGAUAGUGCGGGAACCCCUGUAGUGGAUGAGUUUACAGAUGUAUUUCAUGAUGAGCUACCUGGUUUACCGCCAGAUUGGGAGAUUGAAUUCUGUAUUGAUUUGGUUUCGGGAACGACACCUAUUUCCAUUCCUCCAUACCGGAUGGCUCCGGCAGAAAUGAAGGAAUUAAGAACGCAGCUUGAGGAGCUGGCAGAAAAGGGGUAUAUCCAGAAUAGUACUUCCCCUUGGGGUGCACUGGUGCUAUUUGUGAAGAAGCAUGACGGAUCUUUUCGGUUGUGCAUUGACUAUCGUCAAUUGAACAGGUGGGAAAGGCCGAAGAAUGUAGCGGAGAUUCGCAGUUUCCUCAGACUUGCAGGGUACUAUCGGUGUUUCGUGAAAGACUUCUCGAGUAUUGCUGCAUCGACGACUCGGUUGACCAAGAAAGAAGUCAGAUUCCAGUGGGACGCCGAAUGUGCAAAAUGCUUUUUAGGAAUUAAAGGUCAGAUUGACAAGCUAACGAAGUCCGCGCACUUCAUACCGUUCUGUGUGACGUAUUCUCAGAAGAUUCUGUCAGAAUUGUACCUGGAGCACAUCGUGAGGCUACACGGAGUGCCAUUGUCUAUCACGUCAGAUCGUGACAAGCAUUUUAAUGCAACGUGUUGGAGGAGUUUCCAGGAAGCCAUGGGAACAGACUUGAACUUCAGCACAUCAUUUCAUCCUCAGACUGAUGGGCAAUCUGAAAGAGUAAUUCAGAUUCUAGAGAAUAUGCUUCGUGCUUGUAGUCUGGAUUUUGGUGGAAACUGGAAGAUAUAUCUGUAUCUUACUGAAUUUGCGUACAACAACAGCUAUCAGGCCAAUAUUGGAACGGCACCGUUUGAAGCUCUAAGGCGUAGGCCUUUAGAAUUUCGAGAAGGCGACUUUGUCUUGCUGAAGGUUUCCCCACACAAGGGAGUUGUUCGGUUUGGUGUAAAAGGGAAACUUGCACCAAGGUAUGUAGGAUCAUUCCCGAUCGUGCAACGAAUCAGAGUGGUGGCUUAUCGGUUGGCUUUACUGCCUGAAUUAUCUCACGUGCAUGACGUGUUUCAUGUCUCCAUGCUUUGA